AUGCGCGGCCGUGAGGGUGCUUGCUUUUUGGUGUGUGAGUGCAACAAGCAUUAACGCGCGAGGGCAAAAUCAGACCUUCAGGCGCCGUGGUUGUAACGCCCAGUUGGCCACCUUGAAGCGCUGAACUCGAGACGAACUCGCGAGCGUUAGGUGUAACGCCAGGGGCUCUGCUUCCUCGAGCUGGUCGUGAAGCUCGGCGCCUACGGCAUCGACUACUUCGCGGACGGCUGGAACCGGCUGGACUUCCUCGUCGUUCGCCGUGCAGAAAUCAAAGCUCUCGCGAUGGCGCGGAGAUGCUCACCGGUCAAUUUUCGACACAGGUCGUGUGCGAGGGCAUCUACACGUACAUCAUCGCGCGGCUGGCCUUCGGUUGCGGCAAAAACCUCGUCCAGGUCCUGGCGGUGCUGCGCCUCCUCCGGAUCCUCAAGCCGCUGCGGAAGAUUCCGUACCUGCGGGAGACGCGCCUCCUGGUCUCGGCGCUGCUCGACUCGGCCCGGAAGGUCGUGAUCGGGUGCGUCGUUAUCUCCAUGUUCAUCUACUUCUUCGCCGUCGUCGGCAACGCGCGCGUGGCGGCGUACCAGUCACUCUGUCGUCGCGACGUCUCUCCACCGGUCGAUUCUCGAUUCGGGCGCAGGUACCUGGCCGAGAAGCUCGACAAGCGCUGCGUGCAGUCGCCCUUCCUGGAGAGCGCGUUCAAGGGAAAUGACUUGAACAACUUCGGUCAAGGCGUCACGUACAACACCGACACGUCCCGCCGCGCCCUGCGGGAAGCGUGGCGGGGGUUUCCCGAGGCCUGGAAGAUCACGAACCGGGAUAUCUGCGGAAGUUGCGACACGUGCCGGUCGUGCCGGGGCUCGUAUAUGGCGAACACCACACAAAAAUCGAAUCUGGGGCCCCCCGGGACGCCCUACAAGGUGACGGAGUACUGCAUCGACGUCGGCUACUCGAUCGACGGCAACAAGUUCAAGUUCAACACCGUGGGGUGGGCGACGCUCGCGGUCUUCGACCUGAUGCAGCUCUACGGCUGGGACGACCCGCUCUGGUCCUCGCAGGACGGGGCCGGCGCGUCGGUCUGGAUCUACUACUAUUUGUUAGUUGGCGUGCUAGCCUUCAUGGCGCUGAACAUCUUCCCGGCGAUCGUCUCGUUCGAGCUGCGCAAGGGCAUCCGCGAGGAUGAAAAAAGACGCGCCGGCGCGGUCAAGAAGCGGCGCGAGGCGAGCCGCGAGGAGCUGGGCCUGACGCAGCUCGAGGACACGGUCGUCGACGUCCUGGCCGCGCAGCGCGACGACGUGGCUGAAAUAGAUAGGACGCUCAACGGGGGCGUCUCAAGUGAAAGUGGAGACGCCCACCCGGACGGCUACUACCGCGCCAUGUGGCAGCGCAUCUGCGACCCGCCGCUGGGCUGGUUCCAGCUCGCGUCCUACCUCGUCAUCGUCUGCCAGGUCAUCCUCCUCGCGUGCGAGACGCCGAACAUGGCCCCGUGGCGGCGGGGGCUCCUCGACGGCUUCACGAUCUUCUUCCAGAUCCUCUGGGCCGGCGAGCUCGCGCUGCGCCUGUUCGCCUACGGCCUCAAGUUCUUCCGGGACCCCUUCAACACCUACGACCUCGUCCUGUUCACGCUGCUGCUCGCGGGCGACUUCGCGCGCCUGGGGGCGGGCGACAACCGCUCGGCCGCCUGGUACGAGGUCAUCACCAUCACGAUCGUGCUGCGCCUGGUCAACUUCGCGCGGGUCGGUAGGUUAAGACGCCUCACGACGCCGCAGAUGGACCUGCCGCGCAUCGUCGCCAUCGUCACGACGUCGUGGCGCUGGCUCUACAACGCGCUCUUCCUCCUCGUGUUCCUCAUGUACUUUUUCGCCGUCCUCGGCAUGACCCUCUUCCGCGGGCGGGUCUACUCCUUGCGGGGCGAGGCGCAGCUCUUCUGGUACUCUCGCAACCGCGCGUACCGCACGGUCGUCGACGACACCGACGGCGGGACCAUCGCGCCUGACUUUUUCCCGUACGAAUGGAGCAAGACGUGCGACCCGCCCAUGAACUGCCGCGGACGGUUCAACUUCGAUUCGUUCGGCAUGGCCUUCCUGACGGUCUUCGUCGUGGUGACCCAGGACCACUGGAACAACGUCAUGUACGAGGCGGCGCAAGCACCGGCACCUCGGGGGUUCGCGCGGCCGGGAGAUCUGCCUUCCGGAGGCGUGGUUUAG